ACCCGACUUGCGGGCGAUUGAGCGAGUGGGUGACCCAGCAGCCUCCUCAGCCGGCCAUGGCAGCCCUUCGCUACGCGGGCCUGGACGACACGGACAGCGAGGACGAGCUGCCUCCCGGUUGGGAGGAGAGGACCACCAAGGACGGCUGGGUUUACUAUGCCAAUCACACCGAAGAGAAGACUCAGUGGGAGCAUCCGAAAACUGGGAAAAGAAAGCGAGUAGCUGGAGACUUGCCAUAUGGCUGGGAACAAGAAACUGAUGAGAACGGACAAGUGUUUUUUGUGGAUCAUAUAAACAAGAGGACCACUUAUUUGGACCCACGGCUGGCAUUUACUGUGGAUGACAAUCCUACCAAACCCACCACCCGGCAGAGGUACGACGGCAGCACCACCGCCAUGGAAAUCCUGCAGGGCCGAGACUUCAGCGGCAAAGUGGUUGUCGUGACUGGGGCCAAUUCCGGAAUCGGAUUUGAAACCGCCAAGUCUUUUGCCCUCCAUGGUGCACACGUGAUCCUGGCCUGUAGGAACGUGGCAAGAGCCAAGGAUGCAGUGUCACGCAUUCUAGAAGAAUGGCACAAAGCCAAGGUGGAGGCAGUAACCCUGGACCUGGCUUCACUGGGCAGCGUGCAGCACUUCGCCGAAGCGUUCAAGGCCAAGAACUUGCCUCUUCACGUGCUUGUCUGCAACGCAGCGGCCUUUGCACUGCCGUGGAGCCUCACCAAAGACGGCCUGGAGACCACCUUCCAGGUGAACCACCUGGGGCACUUCUACCUGGUCCAGCUCCUUCAGGACGUCCUGUGCCACUCGGCCCCCGCCCGAGUCGUGGUGGUCUCCUCAGAAUCACAUAGAUUUACGGAUAUCAACGAUUCCUCUGGCAAUCUCGACUUCAGCCGCCUCUCUCCAUCCCAAAGUGACUACUGGGCCAUGCUGGCUUACAACCGGUCCAAACUCUGCAACAUCCUUUUCUCCAACGAGCUGCACCGUCGCCUGUCCCCACGCGGCGUCACGUCCAACGCCCUGCACCCUGGGAACAUGAUGUACUCCUCGAUCCAUCGCAGCUGGUGGGUGUACACACUGCUCUUCACCCUGGCGCGGCCCUUCACCAAGUCCAUGCAACAGGGAGCUGCCACCACGGUGUACUGCGCUGCAGCGCCGGAGCUCCAGGGCCUGGGAGGGAUGUACUUCAACAACUGCUGCCGCUGCACGCCCUCGCCCGAGGCCCAGAACGAAGACAUGGCCAGGGCCCUGUGGGCCCUCAGCGAGAGGCUGCUCCAGGAGCGACUGGGUAGCCCAUCCGGCUAAGCGGGGUGCCCCAAAUGAUCAGCACACUCCCCCACCUCCAGCACCCCCUCCCCUUUUCUCAGGGCAUCCCCUAGCAGCCAGGCCCAAAGCAAGAGUUGUCACAACACAAAGCAGGACCUGAAGCCCCACAGGGAAGGCCCGGGUUGAGUUCGAUGUGGGUACAAAACCUUCGUGGGCUUGAGGGUCCCUUCAGUCACCUGGUGUCCUGGGCCCUUCCAGUUGCCACCACGAUAGCCAGCUUUCAACCUGCAUGAGCUGUUGGUCCAUUCAAGGCUUGUGUGCCCGCCAGCCCAAUUGGUGGUGGUACCAAGACCCGGAUGCUCUGGAUGCCCUAGCCAAACAGCUCUAGCUGAAAAAAAUAAUUCCUUUAGAGAUCGCACCCAACACAUUUUUGCAAAUCAUACCCUAACGAACUUGACAGGCAGGGAUGGAAGCAUCAGGUCCAAGGAGGUGAAAGUGGUCAGAAGGUGUUUGAGUGGCAGCUCCAUCCCCAGGAGGAAGAGGUACCCAGCUCUCUCAAGUUCAGUCUCCGUUGUCCCGCUUCACCUUAUGCUGAAUAAAGAACAUGCUUGGAUAGUC